AUGCUUCAUGACUUAGGUCAAGCGGAGAUAUGGGUUGCUUUAUUUACCGUCUCUUCGGACAUUGGUCAAGCCUCUACAACAUUGUCCAAUCUGAACAAAAUGAUAAAAGAUUACAAACAAGGUCAGAUUUUAAAUCCUGAUGUCACCAAGCACAAUCUGAUGACUUUGGAAGGGAUAAUGCUGAAGCUUUCUGAGAUGCACCAAGAGUGGCAGAAAAUGUUUGUAUGGCUGGAUGGGCCCCUUGUUCAGGCAAUGAGGAGUGGUGAUCUCUUUCUGGUGGAUGAAAUUUCCUUGGCUGAUGAUAGUGUACUUGAGAGGUUGAACAGUGUCUUGGAGCCAGAGAGAACACUGUCUUUAGCUGAGAAAGGAGGUCCUGAUCUGGAGAAAGUUGUGGCUCACGAGAGAUUCUUUUUGCUUGCGACAAUGAAUCCUGGUGGUGAUUUUGGUAAGAAAGAACUGUCUCCCGCUCUUCGUAAUCGGUUCACAGAGAUAUGGGUUCCCACUAUUGGUGAUAGAGGUGAGCUUGAAAGUAUUGGUCUUGCAAGGAUAACUUCCCCAAAGCUCUCAUCCAUUUUGGAUCCUUUGCUGAAUUUUUGGGAGCAGUUCAACAAUCUAAAACCAGGGAGAACACUUACUGUGAGAGAUCUGCUGUCUUGGAUUGAUUUUAUUAAUGUGACUGAAAACAACUUAGGAUCUGAGUCUGCAUUCCUUCAUGGGGCAUUCCUUGUUUUGCUUGAUGGACUGAGUUUAGGGAGUGAAAUUUCAAAAGGGAACGUCAUAGAUCUGAGGAAUGAAUGCUUCAAAAUCCUUUUAAAGCAACUGAAGGGAAACGUUACUGAAUUGGAGUACUCAAAACUUGCAAGAAUUCAAAAUUAUGGUUGGGGCGAUCCUGAUACAACUGAAGGUGAUUCGUGCAGUGAUAGCAUGCAGUGUGACAAUAUUUUUGGUGUGGAUCCGUUCUAUAUAGAAAAAGGUUCUGUAAGUUUUGAUGCUGAAGGGUUUGAGAUUUUGGCACCAACCACCAGGAGAAAUGUAUUGCGGGUACUUCGAGCUAUGCAGCUUCCCAAACCUGUUCUAUUAGAAGGUAGUCCAGGUGUUGGGAAAACUAGUUUGAUUGUUGCAUUGGGCAAGUUUUCUGGUCACAAUGUUGUCAGGAUAAACUUGUCUGAGCAGACUGAUAUGAUGGACUUGUUGGGUUCUGAUUUACCGGUUGAAAGUGAUGAAGGAAUGAAGUUUGCCUGGUCCGAUGGGAUCCUUUUGCAGGCUUUGAAAGAAGGCUCUUGGGUUUUGCUUGAUGAACUUAAUCUUGCUCCACAAUCUGUAUUGGAGGGUUUGAAUGCUAUUCUGGAUCAUCGAGCUGAAGUGUUCAUUCCAGAGCUGGGUUAUACUUUUAAGUGUCCCUCAUCCUUCAGAAUAUUUGCUUGUCAAAACCCUUCCUAUCAAGGUGGUGGCAGAAAAGGCCUUCCAAAAUCUUUUCUCAACCGUUUCACUAAGGUGUAUGUGGAUGAGUUGGUUGAGGAUGACUAUCAUUUUAUCUACACUAUGGUGUAUCACAAAUUUGCUCUGGAAGGUUCUCCUUGGGAGUUUAAUCUACGAGAUGUUAUUCGAUCAUGUCAAAUCAUACAAGAUGCACCCUCUGAGUCCGAAGAUUAUUGCUUCCUGGACAUCGUCUAUGUUCAACGGAUGCGUACUGAAUCAGACCGAAGAAAAGUCCUACAGCUAUAUGAGCAGAUUUUUGAGAUAAAGCCAUGUAUAAAUCCUUAUCCACGAGUUCACCUCAAUUCUGAAUACUUAAUGGUUGGAAAUACUGCCGUAAGAAGGAAUUGUGUCCAGUCAUCUAAACUUCCUAGCAGCACACUUAAAAUUUUGCCUGGAAUUCGUCAAAGCUUAGAAGCUACCACACAAUGUGUAGAGCAUCAAUGGAUGUGUAUCCUGAUUGGUCCAGCAUCCUGUGGUAAGACUUCAUUGGUCAGGUUACUGGCUCAGCUCACUGGAAACGUACUAAAUGAAUUACAUCUUUCAUCUGGGACUGAUAUUUCUGAAAUACUUGGAUGCUUUGAGCAAUAUAAUGCCUUCCGAAACUUCCGCUCAGUUGUUGCUGAGGUUGACUCCUAUGUGAAGGAGUGCUGCAGUUUGCGAUUGGAGUUUUCGAAGGAGGCAUUUUUACAUGAUAGCAAGGGUCUUAUUACAAGAUGGUUUUCUUUCGUAUCGAACGUAAAUUGUGAUUCUAUUUCUUGUUUUAGUUCUAAUUUUUUGGAAGAUAGAGUGAAAUUUUCCAAUUCUCUUACUUUGUUAAUGGAGAUUGUUGAACAUCUAAUGUUGGUUGUGGAAAAAAAUGUUCCAUCCAUAUCUUGGUCAAGCAAAGAACUUGAUAGAGUUAUGAGGACAAUCAUCAAGUUGCAAGAAGGUUAUGAGAAAGGACCAUUUUCAGUAAAGUUUGAAUGGGUUACGGGAGUAUUGAUAAAGGCUGUAGAACGUGGAGAAUGGAUUGUUCUAGAGAAUGCGAAUUGUUGUAAUCCCACGGUACUUGAUAGGAUCAACUCUUUAGUAGAGCCGUCUGGAUCAAUUACAAUUAAUGAGCGUGGGGUUGUUGACGGAAAACCAGUUGUCAUCCAACCGCAUCCUGAUUUUCGGAUGUUCCUCACUGUUAACCCUAGUUAUGGUGAAGUAUCCCGAGCAAUGAGGAACAGAGGAGUUGAAAUAUUUAUGAUGCAGCCAAAUUGGCUACUAGAUGAGAGCAGCAGAUACAAUUGUGAGGAGACUGAGCUAAAUGAUGUGAAAAGAUUUCUUGUUCUCUCAGGUGUUCCCUUUGCUAAAUUGGUGCAUUCUAUGGCCAAAUCACAUGUAUAUGCUAGAGGAGAAGGAUUACGUUUUGGUGUUUCCAUCACGUAUCUUGAGCUUGCUCGCUGGGUUCAGUUGUUCAAACAACUUCUCAUGAACGGAAGCCAGCCUUUGUGGAGCCUUCAAACAAGUUGGAAGCAUAUAUACCUUAGUACGUUCGGUGAGGCCGUCGGAGGAAAUGUUAUUAGUCAUGUGAAAUGCACAUAUUUAUCGGGAACUGAAUUGUGUGAAUCUGACUCGUCACUGCGUCCAUCUUUGUGUUUGCCUGGAGGAUGGCCGACACCAUUGAAGCUGCGGGAACUCGUGUGGCACUCGAAACAAGCUCUUGUGAAGACUAAUUGCAUGUACCUUGAGUUUCUGGGGGCUAAGUAUGCGUCAUACAAAUUUCAACACGCGAGGAGCAGGUGCAAUAUGUCCCUGGAUUCAACUGCUUGUCGCUAUGUAGUGACUUACUUGAGGGGUAUGGGGUUGUUAAAUGAAACUAUGGUUCACAGGGCUUCCACUUUUUUGACUUUAAUCUCCGUUGAGAAUACUGAAGUUGAUAAGGUAUUGGCCAAGGUUGAGAAAAAGCUAUUGUUUGCUGCCAAAUGGGCCAUUGAACAGGCUACUGAAAGUGAUCUCAAGCUGUACCUUCUGUGGUUCAGCUGGUUUCAUUCUCGAUUACAGCCUUUCUGUCAGUUCUUUGAUUAUUUUGUAAAGUCAAUUGCACUAAGUAUGGAUCAUCCUGUUUGGGAAUAUACGUCCAUUCGAUGCCAUGACCUUGCAUCUCUUCACAAAGUAGAAUUUGAAAAGCAGCUGAUACCACUGCUCUCAUUAGGGUUGGUUGAUGUGAUUGAAUCAGAUGAGAAGUUCAAAAUAUCCAGUGAGUUUCUCCACAGUGCUGUGAAGUACGUCGAGCAACUGAGGCUCACUUAUCAAGAGUGGAAUAAUGAGGACAGCUAUGCGUCAAAGGAAGCUUGUUACUUUGAAGAAGUCUUGAAAUGUUUGCGGAAAGAGAGCAAUAAUCUGGACAGUUCUUCGCGCUUCCACUCAGGGAAGUCCUUGCUGUGGGUUCAUGGUGGUCACCCAAUUUUGCCGUCUUCUUCUAAACUGUUUGAAAAGCAGCUUCAGAUUUUGGAACUUUGUGAGUCGGUUUGGCCAACUAGAACAGGAUUAUUUGUCCAUGUGAAUGAUCCUCUGAUUGGAGUAGUUUCUGAUCUUCGCUCCUUUGUCUUGGAAGGUGUUUCCAUGUCAUCAUGUAUCACUGGGAAAUCGGAUUCUUGCGAGGAUGAGGACCAUGUUGUUCAACAGUUGGAUCGCAUUUAUCAGAAGCUUUUGCAAUUGUUUGUAAAGGAAAGAAUCAAAAUUGAGGAGACUUCAUGGUCGAACAAGAUUUUUUGCGGAGCGAAUGGAUCUUUUUGUUGUUCUUUGUGCAUCGUGGCAUUAGGUCAGGCAUAUGGGUACGGCUGUUGGCAGGACGUAUUUCCCUUGAUGGAUAGUACAAGCUUUGCCCUGGAUAUGAAGCUACUUCAGGAACUAUCAUCUGUCAUUCUGGUCAAUAACAAAAGAUUACAUCUGGAUUUAGCCAAAGUAUCUAGCCAUCUGAAGUAUGCGUUGAAAUUCUCAUUGAGCAAUUCAUCUAGACCACCUCAAAUGUUUUCUCCCCAUCAAAAGAUUCUGUGGAUACUGGAUGUGUGGAGUUCAGUUGAUGCAGUCAAUGAAAAAGUUUCCAGCUUCGUACUUGAGAUGUGGUUCAGGUGGCAUCAAUCGUUGUGGAUGUAUUGCCCUGUUUCUGUCAAGAGCUUCUCAAGCACUGCUGUUUAUGAUAUUCCAGUACCUGAUGUUCUGAUUCAGCCGGUGGUAACAGCAACAGUAUUCCAGAUACUGCAAAGCACACCUGCCAUCAAGGAUUAUUUUGUGAGCUCUCUGAAGCUUAGAGUUGCAUCAUGUAAUCUUUGGCGCGGCUCUCUGCCAGGAGCAAAUUUACCUUUUUUUCUACUUUCCGCUGCUCGCUCUCUGUUCCAGCAGAUCAUAUAUGCACAUGAGAAAUCUUUUAAUGCUGAUCAAUUCGCUAAAGUCAAGUCAGUUUUAGAGCAAGGAAGCGGUCUUGUGGUAUCUCUUGUUUCGAAGUCAAGUCAUCAUGGGCUGAAAGACUCGGUGGAUAUGUUUAUCAAACCACUUCUUCAAAACCUCUAUCCUCAUUGCACAUCUAAAGAGCCUGGAUUUAAUCAUGGGUGUGCUUGGCUGCGGCUUGGGAUAUUACGUCUUAAACUAUUGCUCUGCGGUGAUGAUAUGGAUCCAGCCAUGAAAUACCAUUGCAAGAAUUCACUGUUAGCAGAGAAGAUAUCUUUGCUAAAACUUGAAAUUCAGGUUCGGCAAAAAUGCGAAUACUUGGCAGGGCAGAUUUCUACAAGAUAUUCUCAUGAAAAAAGGGCUCAGGCAUUGAACAAGCUUGAAGCUGAGCACAAAAGGCUGCAGAGAAAGAUCGUCUUCCGCUCUGACUACCGGAAAUUUAAGGGCUUAAAACAUGAAUGUGAUGAGUUUCUUGAACGUGUUACAUCUGAUGAGUUUUUUCAACACGUUACGUCUGAUACAUUUUACAAAUACAUCACAUGCUCAGAAAUUUUAGUUGGUAGUGUUGAUGCCGUUAACUUACAACAGAUUCUUGACCAAGGCUCUAACUGGCAGAAAAUGGCAACCGGUUUUAUUGAACAACUAUUAUCAGAUGAGUACCGUGAGUACACUGAUAUUGUCCAACCAGUUCUGGUUGCAUUAUAUGAAAUAAAAUUGGGCUUGGGGCUGAUUCUGGCAAGUAUCGUGCAAAAAAUGAUCCUGACUAAAGUUGAGCUGGACGAUGCAAAUAUGAUUAUGGGGUCUAUUUGUUCAUUUAUGAGAUUCCCUCGAGUAUCUGCUUCCAAGAGCAUUUCUGUCAACUUAAACACUGGCUCAAGCAAAUUUCCCUACAAUUUAGAAAUUCCAACAAUCUUCAAUGCUGAGGAUAUAAGUCUUCUCGAGAAGUUGAUCACUUUUUCCAGUGGUGUUCUGACUAAUAAAAUGGUCUCUGUUACACAACUUAAAACUACUCUGCACCGAAACAUUCUUGUCCGUGUUUCACAUUCUGUUGCUAAUGCGCGGCUGAUGGAUUAUGCAUCCUUUAUGCUCCUGGAUAAGACAUAUAGCGAGAUUACAGAUCAUUGGAUGAGUAUGAAGAUUCAAUCUAAAAACAAACAGGACUAUGCUUCUUUGAAAUUCAAGUUUAAGCCUCGUGCGUUUACACUUGAGAGUAUCAUUGACCUUGAUAUAUCGGCUCUUGGGAAGACAUUAGCAAAUCAAAGUUUUUUAGAUUGGAAGGAAUUUAUUUCUGCAGAUCAACAUAUUGAGAGGGAGGAAGCUCCAGAGGAACAAGAAGAUUUGGAGAGGGAAUUGAAGUUCAUGGAGGAUUCCAUUGUGAAGGACGUGGUCAAGACUCACAAUCAGUUAUUUGGGUCAAAUAAUCUUGUUCUAGCUCCGGGUGCUUUCCAUGUCAAUGAUCUCGACAGAAUUCUUUCAUUCACUGAUUCGCAUACAAUUGGAGUAGGGAUGGUCAGAGGUUUAGGGGGUUCAUUUCUUUCCAGUUUGGAUGCUUUACUUGUACCAGAGAAUUUAUUUCAUAUUUGCGUGGAGCAUGAGUGGAAGUUUGUUUCUUCUGACACGUCAGCCCGUAAAUACAAUAUUUACAAGGACCCAAAUGCUCCGAAGAUGUAUGAAAUGGUGAAAUUGCUUACUGCUCUUAAGCAGCAAAUUCAUUCACUUUUAAAUGAGUACGAAGAACAUCAUGAACUUCAGAGAAUCUUAGAUUCAGUUGAAAUGCUUUUGAAUAUUCCCCUGAGCACGUCCCUAGCUAAGGCUCUGUCGGGAUUGCAGUUUCUAAUUAACAAACUCCGUUUAUUACAAGAAAAUGGGUCGCGCUUCACUUUCUCUGAUCAAGUGAAGCCUAUUUGCGAUCUUGUGCUGUUGUGGCAAAGGAUGGAGUUGGAGUCCUGGCCUGCCUUGCUUGAUGAGGUUCAAGAUCGUUAUGAGAUUAAUGCUGAAAAGGAUUGGGAAAUAGCAACAAUGAAAAAACAACACAAAACUUAA